AAAAAAAUACACAUUUAUAUCUAACUCUCAAAGUUCUAUAAUCUAUACUAUAACUUAGAAGAAAAAGAAAAAAUAAAUAAAUAUGGUGCUAGCAUCACCAAAACCAAUUAGGAAUGAAACAAUUUUACCAAGUGAUGUUAUUCCUAUAGUGGACCUUAAAGGUGAAAGGUGUGAAGUAAUAAAACAAAUUGUGAAAGCAAGUGAAGAGUAUGGUUUUUUUAAGGUGAUAAACCAUGGUAUUAGUGAUGAAACUAUUGAUAAAAUGGAAGAAGCAGGAUUUAAUUUCUUUGCAAAACCAAUGAGUCAAAAGAAACAAGCUUCACCUGCUUAUGGUUGUAAGAACAUAGGAUUUAAUGGUGACAUUGGUGAGGUUGAGUAUCUUCUUCUCAAUGCUAAUACUUCUUCUAUUGCUCAAAUAUCCAAAACUAUUUCCAAUGAUGAUCCUAACUUCAGGUAUAGAGUGAGUUCAUAUACAGAAGCAGUGAAAGAGGUGGCAUGUGAGAUACUAGAGUUAAUGGCAGAGGGUUUGGGGGUCCCUGAUACAAAGGUAUUCAGCAGUUUAAUAAAGGAUAUUGAAAGUGACUCAGUUCUUAGGCUAAAUCACUACCCACCUAAGGACAAGUCACAUUCCAACAAUGUUGGCUUUGGGGAGCAUUCUGACCCUCAGAUUUUGACCAUUCUUAGAUCUAAUGACGUUUCUGGUCUUCAAAUCUCUCUUCAACAUGGUCUCUGGAUUCCUGUUAACCCUGACCCCUCUGCUCUCUGUGUUAAUGUAGGUGAUGUCCUUGAGGUUAUGACAAAUGGAAGAUUUGUAAGCGUGAGACAUAGGGCAAUGACAAACUCAUACAAAACUAGAAUGUCAAUGGCAUAUUUUGGGGCUCCACCUCUAAAUGCUUCCAUUGUUGCUCCACCAGUUUUGGUUACACCUCACAGGCCCUCUCUCUUCAGAACAUUUACUUGGGCCGAUUACAAAAAAGCUACUUACUCUCUAAGACUUGGUGACACUAGAAUUCAACUUUUUAGAGCAAACAUGUCAUGAGCAUUGCUAAAGUUGAGAUUGUAGCAAUACUAAAAUUAAUGUGUAAUGUAAAGGACAGGUUGUUGUUGCUUGUUCCCUUUUUUUUUUUUUUUUUUUUAAUAUUUAUUUAAAUUUUUUUUGGUUUUCUUUUUGGACCUUGGAAAGGUUAUGUGCUUUUGUUUGCCUAAAUUUGUUCAGAAGUUAACUUGAGAUGGCAAAGAAAGCUACUGUUCAUGUAUGUAAGACUGAGUACUAAUAGAUGGUUGCCAGUUCUGUUCUCUUCAUUCAUCAAUCACAAUCUCUCUC